CAUUCCAGAUAUGUAAAUAAAAACAGAUAAAAAUAUAUCAACAAAAACGGUGCCGUGUUUUAGAUUGUGUUUUAGUUGUGAAUAAAUUGUUAAUAAACAAAAAAUACAAUGGGAGUAACUGUAUUACAACAAUUUCCAAUGAUGGAAAAUCGUACUGGACCACAGACAAUUGAAUUUUUAACAAAAAGAAUACUUGCACUUGGAGCUCUUCAAGUUGGCCAAUUUAUUGUUGACUGUGAAACUUACAUGUCUGUUCCUCAACUUGGUGCACAGAGGACAGUUCAUGUACUUCAUAAUUCCGAACAGCCAGCAUCGGUUUUUGCACUUUUAGAAUCAGGGACAAAAGUUGUGCCUUUAAUUGCUGAUGGAUUAUUUGAUUUGAUGAUGAUUAAAUUUGCAACAAUGUAUACUAGUAAAAAACAAACUAAAAUUGAAUCAAAAGGUCCGAGAUUUGAAAUUGGUGAUUUUUGUGUUAAACUUGGCAGUGUUACAAUGAGUCAAAAUUUUAAGGGUGUUCUUGUUGAGGUUGAGUACAGACCGUGUGUGGUACCAGGUGAAGCCUGGAAUCUUAUCAAAGAAUUUUUACAAGGAUUUAUUGGUUCAGCAGUGGCAAAUCAACCUCCUCCAUAUUUACAGAAUCGUAUGAAUGAUAUUUAUCAACCAAUGGACACAAUACAUCAGUACUUGGAUCACUUUGGACAAUAUAGAAAAGCAACUGGUGUAUUAUAAUUCAAUGAAAAAAUUUAAUUAAUCAGUGGAUAUAAUCAUUUUCAUCUAGAAAUAAACAUUUAUAUAUUGUAAAAAUAUAAUUAAUUUUUAUAUUGGCUUAAAGGAUUGUUAAUUUAAAUUGCCAGUCGAUGAUAAUAGAGAAAAAUAUGUAUUCCAUUUUCAAUAAUCAACAAAAAGAAUGGAAAUUCAUCGGCUGACUGAUGGUAAUUUUUAUUUAUACAGUCAUUAUUUAUUAUAAAUAAAUAAUACAAUUUUUUUUUUAAUAAAUACUUAAAUUUUUUAUACAAAAUGCAUAUGAGCCAAAUAGUACUAAAUUCAUUAUGUCCAUUUCGAAAUUUCGAUUUUUUUUUUCUAUAAAUUAAAUGCCUUGAAGAAUUGAUUUAAAAAUUUACAGGAUAAGGUUUCUUAUUAAUUUGAGCUAAAUAAAUACCAGAAAAAAUAUUUGAAAAGGGAAAUUCAAGAAGACGUAUUUUUUUAUGAGAAAACAAAAAAGAUUUCUAUUUUUUUUUAUUAAAAUUUAUCAACUAAAUAACACUUGUUACAAUAAAAGUACAAUAAAUUGUCAAAAAAAUAUAUUCUUAGCUAAAUAUAUAAUUCUAUAUACAUUAUAAAUAUAAAAAAAAAUUAUUAUAAACUUCAACUCAAUGUGAGUCAAUGCUUUCCAUUUGUAUAAAUUCGAUUUACCCAAUUUCUUCAACACUUGCUGGACAAUUUUAUAACUUCAAAUUUCUAUUCAUCAAUCGACAUAUAAAUUUAGCUAAUAAUAAAAAACAUUAGCUCGUUGAGAAUAAAACCCUUGAAGUUAUUUUUCUAUCAUAAUUAAUUAUCAACAAUUAAAUAAUCAAUCAAUCAAAAAAAAAAAAAAACUGAGUAAUAUUUAAAAAUACGUUCUCUCACA